GGGGGGGGGGGGGGGGGGGGGGGGCGAUGGCUUCGGCGACCACCAAGGCAACCGCCGGUUUUCUCUCCACGCACGCCACGUCUUCCGCAAACCCGUCUGUCCUCGCGACCACGCACGACCAGGGCGACGUCACCUCCAGGACAACCUCGAUGACCAUGGUGUCCCUUUCGACCAAUGAGACGACGGCCCUCAACGCCACGGGGCUCCCGGGGCCGCUGGUGGAGGGCGCCGGGAUGGGGAUGGUGCUGCUGCCCUUCGGAAUCAUCACUGUGAUCGCGCUGGCGGUGGUCGUCAUGCUGUACAUUCGGAAGCGGAAGCGGCUGGAGAAGCUGAGGCACCAGCUCAUGCCCAUGUAUAACUUUGACCCAGCCGAGGAGCAGGACGACCUGCUGGAGCAGGAGCUACUGGACCAGGGCCGUGACGGAGGCCUGGGCCCCAACAGCAAGACCCUCACCACCUCCCACGGCUCCUCCCAGAGGCCCAGUCGACUGGUGUUCACAGACGUGGCCAAUGCCCUGAACGCGUGAGGAGGACCGCCCAGCUCUGGCACCUCUGGCCUGCUGGAUGUCACGGGGCGGCCCGGCUCCUCCUAGGACCUGUCACUCAGGAGGACCUUGGUGGGAAAAUAAAAGGACUGGAAGGAAAGGGAUCAGACGAUUGGUGCACUGUUGGUGUUUUUAAAGGGUUGUGGCUGGGAGGGGGGAGUCAAAUAACUGGUACUUUCUCACUUCAACCAUUCCAUCCUAGUUUCAGCUUUACGUUGACUUUCGUUUGCAUAAACGUCAUCUCGGGGGACUGGUAUUUGGGAAUAAAAGGGGGGGUGGAUUGAUCUUGCACUGUUAUUAGUUGUUUUGGCGCACACAGACAAAGACACGCCCACCAUGUCUGUUGAUAUUUAUGUUGGUGUUAUUGUUGAUAUAUCUGUACCUUUUGAUAUCUGAGUGCACAUUUGGCUCUGCGUGUUCAUUGGUUGGGGUUGUGUUGGUUUUGCCGUUUUGUGUUAGGGUGCAUUUUGUAGACUUGACAUCACUUCCUUCAUCAGGCACUUCCUCUUCCAAUCAGUGUUUUUGAUGAUGUGUUGACAGACUGUUUUGAGUGCUUUGUCAAAGUGACGCAAUAAACCCACUCAAACUCUA